AAUUCAUACACCACCGUUUCUGCAAUGCAUUGACGUGUCUAUUUAUUUGUACACGCAAAUGACUAUAGGGUUCGAUUUGAUGAGCUAUAGAGAUGACGUCUGCUGAGCGAUUCUUAAUUGCUUCGUGUUGUUCGCGAUUGCUGUUUCGAAAUUAAUGCAUGUAUUUGCAGUUUGCAGAAAAUGCCUCUGAUCAGCUUCUGUUUCUCUGCUACUUCACUGUGUUGUAGUUGCAGUAAUUGAAGAGUGAAAAAAGGUCGUUCAGCAAGGAAAGGAAUUCGAAGUAGGCAGUGGAAAUGGAGAAGAGUGUUCUGGACUCGCGGCUAUGGCAUGCUUGCGCUGGAGGCAUGCUGCAAAUGCCUCCAGUGAACUCGAAGGUCUUCUACUUCCCCCAAGGCCACGCUGAACACGCGUUCGCUGAUGUCGAUUUCUCUGCGUUGCCUAAAAUGCCUCCCCUGAUUCUCUGCAGAGUCAAUGCCGUGAAGUAUUUGGCCGACCUCGAAACAGAUGAGGUUUACGCGAAGAUCCGGCUGGUUCCUGUGGCGAACAACAAUGAUCCUGACUUUGAAGAUGCAGUUAAAGGGACCGAUUCAUCUGAAAAGCCGACUUCGUUCGCUAAGACAUUGACUCAAUCCGAUGCUAACAAUGGCGGUGGAUUUUCUGUUCCCAGGUACUGCGCUGAGACGAUAUUUCCUCGUUUGGAUUAUGCCGCAGAUCCUCCCGUCCAGACAGUGAUCGCCAAGGAUGUUCAUGGUGAGACCUGGAAGUUCAGGCACAUAUAUCGGGGAACACCAAGGAGGCAUUUGUUAACAACAGGUUGGAGUACGUUCGUGAACCAUAAAAAGCUAGUUGCGGGCGAUUCAAUCGUGUUCCUGAGAGCAGACAAUGGUGAUCUUUGUGUUGGAAUUCGCAGGGCCAAAAGGGGUGGCGGAAACCUUUCAUCCGACACGUCAUCCUAUUGGAGUAUGGGUUCGGGAAGCUUUGAUGGAUUUUCGUCCCUUUUUAGGAAAGAUGAGAAUAGAAUGAAGAUUAGUGGUAGUACCAAUGGAAACCCAAAUUCUCCUACUGGGGGUUCUAAGCAAAGGGGAAGAGCGAGCCCCCAAUCUGUUAGUGAAGCUGCAUAUCUUGCUGCUACUGGGCAACCAUUUGAAGUUGUCUAUUAUCCAUGUGCAAACACACCAGAAUUUUGUGUUAGGGCAUCAUCUGUCAAUUCCUCCAUGGCUGUAAGGUGGUCCAUAGGGUUGAGGUUCAAGAUGGCUUUUGAAACUGAAGAUUCUUCUAGGAUAAGUUGGUUCAUGGGAACAAUAUCUUCUGUUCAAGUUUCUGACCCCAUCCUCUGGCCUAAUUCCCCAUGGAGGAUUCUUCAGGUAACAUGGGAUGAACAUGAUUUGCUUCAAAAUGUGAAGCAAGUUAGUCCGUGGCUAGUUGAAUUGAUCUCAAACAUGCCCAUGAUUCAUCUAUCACCUUUCUUACAACCAAGGAAAAAAGCUUGUUUACAACAACCUCUCGUAAUCGACAGCCAAUUCCCAAUCCCGUCAUUCUCAAGCAACCCCCUUGGGAUCUGCAGUUAUUCCCGUUGUCCAUCGGACAACACUCCUGCAGGCAUGCAGGGAGCCAGGCAUGCUCAAUUUGGAGGACCAUUGUUUGGAGGACUCUUACCACCAACUCUCCAGCAAAUUGAUUAUAAUGAUACUGUUAAUACCCGAGCGGAUGGAAAAAAUGAGAACAUCUCUUGCUCGUUAACCAUGGGGAAUAAGUAUACUGAAGAUGUGCCCACACCCCGAUUCGUGCUCUUUGGUCAGCCAAUACUGACUGAGCAGCAAAUGUCUACAAGGAAGAAUUCCAGAAGUGAUGUGCAAUUUGAUCGAAAUAGCCAGGAUACUACUGAUCGCUGUGAUGUUUUUAUAGGGUCCGUAUAUGUUGGGCGUAAUCUUGAUCUCUCAAUUUUCGGAUCCUAUGAUGAACUACGUGAAAAACUUGCAAAUAUGUUUGGGAUAGAGAGAUUGAAGAUGUUAAGCUGUGUAACCUACCGCGAUGCAACGGGCAAUCUCAGACAAAUGGGGAAUGAACCGUUUAGCGAGUUCACAAAGAACGCAAAAAGGUUGGAGAUUUUGAUGGAUCCUGGGAGCAUGGUUGGCAGGACAUGGCUUACUGGUCUUCCAACGGCUGAAUGUGGACUAAAUUCAUCAAACCGGGAGGGCGCUCUUAGCAUAUUUGUGUAGCUAUACACAAUUAUGUACUGACGGGAGUGACGACCUUACUUUUUGUAGUGUAAUCAACUCAGGAGUUAUGAAGUAGUGUAGUGGUUUGUUUGCAAGGUUCUUACCGGAGAUAAAUAAAUUGUAUGUGCACUUUAUUAACUUAUGACCUCCAAGGCUUCAACCUAAUUCGUGUAGUAUAUGUAGUUUAGUGGAGAUUUAUUUGGAAGGCUAGGAACUUCGAGGAUAGCUAUUGUGGUCUGAGUUUUCAUCUUACACAUUAGUGAAUUUAUUAGAUUGAUUGGCAGUUUUGUG